UUCUGGGGAUGGCGCUCGCCGUGUCCCUGUCCGCGCCCGCCUACUGCAGGGCGCCGCCCCCAUCGUCCGCGCUCACGGAGGAGAACCUGCUGUUCCUGGAGGCGUGGCGCGCGGUGGACCGCGCCUACUACGACAAGUCCUUCAACGGGCAGAGCUGGUUCAGGUACCGCGAGCGCGCCCUCCGCGACGACCCCAUGAACACGCGGCAGGAGACAUAUGCGGCGAUUAAGAAGAUGCUUGCAACCUUGGAUGAUCCGUUCACUCGGUUAUUGGAACCCGAGAAAUUCAAGAGUUUGCGGUCUGGCACGCAAGGUGCCCUCACGGGUGUAGGUUUAUCCAUCGGCUACCCGUUGGCCCUUAAAGGAUCACCUGCAGGGCUCUCCGUAAUGUCAGCAGCCCCAGGGGGUCCUGCAGAAAAGGCGGGCAUUGUGUCUGGAGACGUUAUUUUGGCAAUUGACGACACAAGCGCACAAGACAUGGACAUAUAUGAUGCAGCAGAUCGCUUACAGGGUCCUGAAGGAAGCUCAAUAGAUUUGACUAUUCUCAGCGGAGCUGAUACCAGACAUGUUGUUUUGAAGAGAGAAAGAUAUACUUUAAAUCCGGUGAGGUCACGGAUGUGUGAGAUUCCAGGUUCAGAGGACAGCUCAAAGAUUGGUUACAUCAAACUAACAACAUUUAACCAAAAUGCUGCAGGAUCCGUUAAGGAAGCCAUUAAGAAAUUAAGGGAGAACAAUGUAAAGGCCUUUGUGUUGGAUCUGCGGAAUAACAGCGGUGGCCUUUUUCCUGAAGGGAUUGAGAUUGCGAAGAUUUGGAUGGACAAGGGUGUCAUUGUGUAUAUAUGUGAUAGCCGUGGUGUCCGUGACAUUUAUGAGGCAGAUGGAGCUAGCACGAUUGCUGCAUCAGAACCUUUAGUUGUCCUGGUGAACAAAGGAACCGCAAGUGCAAGUGAGAUCCUUGCAGGAGCACUGAAAGACAACAAGAGGGCAGUGGUGUAUGGGGAACCAACAUAUGGAAAAGGCAAGAUCCAGUCAGUGUUUGCACUGUCCGAUGGCUCAGGGUUAGCGGUGACGGUGGCGCGCUACGAAACCCCUGCACAUACUGACAUAGACAAGGUCGGUGUGACUCCGGACCGUCCUUUGCCAGCAUCGUUCCCGACCGACGAAGAUGGCUUCUGCAGCUGCCUCAGGGACCCUGCUUCUUGCAACCUUAACGCCGCUCGGCUGUUUGCGAGAUCGUGAUAUGGUCCCAGUAUGUUGCGUCGUUUUGGGGUUUUUUGGCCAGUUGGGUGGGCGUCUGUUGAUAUGGUAGUUUCUCUUACCUGGGGUGCGUGGCUGAUCCUAUUCAUUUUGUUAACAUCUGGUUGUGUUUUGAAGGAGAAAUCUGUUCACAUCUGUACAAAGUUCCAGUUUCACCAUGUCGAAAAAAAACCUGUCUAUACUUGUCUCUGUAAA